CAGACAAAAAGUUAUUAGCAAUAAAAUCAUGUAAAACCUUAAUCGCAAGUUAUUUGUUUAAAUAUUUAACAAAGAAAACACUACUGGCAACUAUUAAAGUGCAAUAUGUCGACUGUUGAAAUUGAGCCGGGGGCAGCGCCCGAAAGUAUUCUAGUAACAACUGAUACCUUAGAUCAUUUUGAUCAAAUGAGCUCUAGUCUAGAAGAAAUUAAAUGUAUAAGUCAAUCAAACCAAGAUGAAGAAUCUAACGAAAACACUAAUAAUGAAAAUUUAGAUGAAUCAAGCAAUGAUAAUGAAACUUUAACCAGUGAAGAAGAUUUUGAGCUGAACAAAGAUUGGAUUAAUAAAGAUAAACAUGUAUUUGUUCUGAGUAUGGCAGGAAAGCCUAUAUAUUCAAGGUAUGGAAAUGAAGAUAAAUUAGCCUGGUUAUUUGGAGUUAUGCAGACUCUAGUAAGCUUUAUUCAGUCUUCAGAUGAUAGUAUACAAAGCAUACAUACUGGUGAUACCCGUUUUGUCUUUUUAAUAAAAAAACCAUUGAUACUGGUCGCUGUUUCUAAAACCCAUGAAAAUGACAGUCAAUUAAGACUACAGUUAAAUUAUGUGUUUAAUCAAAUAACAAGUAUUUUAACCCUCACAAGGCUAAAUAAAAUCUAUGAACAAAGACAGAACUAUGAUUUAAGGAGGUUACUAUCAGGAGUUGAGAGAUUAAUCGAUCACCUUCUAACAUUCUCUGAAAAUGAACUAUCUGUGAUGCUUGGUGCAGUUCAGUGUCUCUCACUUGCCGCAUCUGUCAGGGACAGUAUUAGUUCAGCUAUUGUAGGAGCAUGUAGCAAAAUUAAGAAUUUAGUCUUUGCAAUUCUCUUAGCAAAUAAUAAACUCAUUACCCUAGUCCGCAUGAAGAAAUAUUGCCUUCAUCCAGCCGAUUUACAUUUAAUUUUUAAUUUAGUUCAAGCUUCGGAAAGUUUUAAAAAUUCAGAAAGCUGGACUCCACUAUGUCUCCCUAGAUUUGAUGCUAGCGGAUUCCUCUACGGUCAUGUUUCUUACUUAUCUGAAGACUGUCAAGCAUGUUUGUUACUGUUAACUGUGGAAAGGGACGUAUUUUUUACUUUGAGUGAAGCAAAACAGAAAAUUGUAGAAAAGUUAAGAAGAAACAACUGUUUGGAAUCCAUCAACGAAUCACUGGCAGCUCCGGGAUAUAGUUGUGCUAGUGCUGGUUUUGUUGAAAUACGACAUUAUUUGUACAAAUGUAAAUCCACUGCCCAAUUCUAUCAACCUAUAUUAAGCCCCCCCUACACGCAAGCGAAGAGUUACCUGACUGAACUUUACAAGAGAGCCCAUCAAAGACUGCACAACUCUACCAAACCGCUUAAACUGAUGUUUGAACGGAGUUCGAGGGAAGCGAUUCUUGCCUGGGACACUAAGGGAUUUGAAUUGUUCGUUGUUUUCGAGCCUUUGAUCGACACUUCAUUAGCCAUUCUUCUGGUUGGUAGGCUUUUGAAUUGGAUUAAAAAACAAGAGGAUAAACUAUUUCACCUAAAUGCACCUACCUUUUAAAAAAGGUACCUGUUCUCACUUGUUUUAACCUUUGUCAUGUGCCGUAUUGCCAAACUAUAAAUUUAGCAUAUUAAACAGUAGAAAGUUUUUCUGGGCACCAUUAAAUGCUGAGAAUUUGUGAAUUCCUAUCAGUUUGGCUCAAGAUUCGAUAAUCCACAAUAGGGUGUCUACCCCAUCCUCUUACAAGACAUGAGGAAAUUAUUUUUAAAAUUAUAACAGAGCAUGGUUAAAUAGUACAUUCACAGUUUUGGUACAUAAAAAAUAUAAUAAAUUACAUUUGUUACCGAGAAUAUUAGUUUUUUAUGAAAAGUACAAUCUAUUUACAUACAUGCAUACAUAAUAUAUGAGCCAUAACAACUAUAUGUUGGAACAGGCAGUUAUUUUGCAAAUAAAAUACCAAUUUACCGAAAUUCUUUUAUUUUAACUUUUUUAAUUGUUAAUUUGAAAUUAACAACAUUUUUAUGAUGUAUGGAAUUCUUUUUACAGUUUAAUUAUAUAUUUUAUAUUGACUACUGUUUAAUUAAUUGUUUGAUAGCCAAAAAAUGCUGACAACUAAAUAUUGGAACAAGAGGUUUUUAACAAAUAAAAAUAAAAAUUAAUAAGGCGUAACGUCGCCCUUAACUUGAAUAACAGCCUGAACUCUGUUAGGCAUUGUAUCAACUAGGUUAUUACAGAAUUCAGGGGUGAAAUUAUCCCAUAUUAUUUGCAAUUUAUCACGUAGUUGUGGCAAAGUACGCUGAGGGUUACUUUUUAGGCGUUGUUUCAUUUUGUGUCAAAGUAUCUUCUAUUGGAUUAAGAUUUUUUAGCUGCUAGAAGGAUGUGACAAAACUUUAUUGUCAUGUUCUCCCAUCCAUUUUUUGGUAGAUUUAGCCGUAUGGCAUGGGGCCCCUUCCUGCUGAAAGAUACAAUCUCCGGAUGGAUAUAACUUUGCUGCUGUUGGUUGAAACGAAUAUUCAAGGAUAUCUUGAUAUUUGGCUGCGUUUUACUACGGCCUCAAUAAAAUGUCAAGUUCCCAACCCUUUGGCCGACAUACAACUCAAUACCAUGAUGCCCUGUGGAAAUUUUACAGUCCUUUUUACACAAUCCUUAUGGAAUGCUUCCGUUUUUUCGCGAAUCUCACGCUUUCGAUAAUCUCCCACACAGACAUCAAAUUUGCUUUCGUCGCUAUAGGUAAGUUUAUCCCAGUUAUAUUUAGUCUCCGGAAGUUUUGAUUUAGCCUAAAUGUAACGAUUCCUUUUUUGAGUUUUCGACAACAAUGGUUUUUCUUUAUCUUAACCGAAUAAAUAAAAAAAAGAAAAUUUAAACCGCAAAGAACUUAUCAAACAUACCUUAUAAAAACUAAGACCGCUUUUGUGGAUAUAUUUGCAACAGGAUUCUCUGGAAACAUUCAUCCCAGCUUCGCUAUUCUUUCGAGCAGUUACUUCUCGUAGUGUAUUUCUUCUUCCGACUCACGUAUUCUAAUCAAAUGAUUUGCACUCCUUCAAUUUUUUGUGUUUUUUUAGGUGUCUCAAAUGGGGAUCGUGACAGGGAAUGGGUUAAUAUUGUAUACACUGUAGAAAUCUCCUUGUUUAAAUAGAACGAAUGAACUUUUCUAUGAAAGUCAUCAAUUUCCAUUGGUUGUUUUCUUCAUGUCUUUUUGGCUCAAUAAUGUUUCCUCGUUUUCUUUCUUUUAAAAAUCUGUAAAUGGUUCUUUCAAUAACACCUUUCAUACCGGAGCACAUGGUCGUUACAUUAUUAACUGUUGUUAAAGUUUGUUGAUGAACAAGGGAGUCAUGAACAUUUACCACAAUAGUUUUUCUCUCACAGAAUACGCGCCAUUUUUAAGUUUAGCAGCAACAAAUUGAAACGAUGAUGCCAUUUUAACGCAUGGACUGAAGUGAUAUCAAAUUCAUUACAACUUUCCCUUACUCGUUCGGCACGUAGGCAGGUGCCCCAAAGAUGGUUUAUCAAGGAAUGUUAGGGAAAUACGUUUCUACUCACAAUCCGUUAUAGGUUUUUAUUAGUUGGUAAAACAGAAUAGGCUACCGGUUUCGCUGUUUACAAACUGUUACAGCAUCUUAAGGCCCUCAAGAAACUAAGGUUAAA